ACUACUGUGUGAAUGUACACAGUUAUGAAAUUGUGGUACUGAAUGAAGAUUUUUUUUUAAGAUACAAAGCAGCCAUUCUUUAAGCUUUAACAGUUUUCUGCCAGGAUCUCCAAGCAUCACUUGGCCAUUGCGGAACAUUAAAGCUACUAAGAGUCUCUUCUGUUAAUAGUUUAAUACAGCAAAUCUGUGGAAAGGAUUGAUCAGGAAUUCCUAUGAAUAUUUCAUGAGGGAGGUACAUUCAGCUGAAUGAAUUCAAUGAGUGUCAGUGUGUAGUUUGCAGACAUACCAUAUCCACAAGGAGGCUACAGAAACAGAAGGCACAUAGGCACAUUUUUAGAGGCAUCGCUGUGAAGUAAGAGCUGUUACUAACUACAUCUGCUCAUCUCUGUCUCUGGCAUUACUGCUGCAGCAGAAUUUAUCAUUUUUAGCUGCUGAUAAGUGCUUAUUUUUAUCUGAUCUUCCCGCUGUGACUAGCAGAAUUAUCAUCAACAGAACUACCUGAGUGAUAUGACUGUAGAUUCGUGUGUUGUGAGACAUAGGAUACCACCAGCAAUAUGACAACAAAUGAUUCUUCUUCUUCCAGGGAGCUUACAGCACCAGAUGCAGAUAUUUAUAUUCGGACUUUUAAGGAACAUAUGCAUUUAGAACUAGAACCUCCCCGGCUGACUGGAUUGACCGGAAAGCGGUCAACAUCUCCAAAAAUCUCACCACGUAGCUCUCCAAGGAACUCACCUCGCCUUUUCAGAAAGUUAUUGGUGAAUAAAAGCAUUCGACAACGCCGUCGAUUUACUGUGGCCCAUACAUGCUUUGAUGUGGAAAAUGGACCAUCCUCAGUUCAUAGCCCUUUGGACCCUCAAGCCAGCCCAGGUUCUGGACUUGUACUGCACCCCAACUUCCCUAGCCACACUCAGCGAAGAGAGUCCUUUCUUUAUAGGUCAGACAGCGAUUAUGACUUAUCACCAAAGUGCAUGUCUAGGAAUGCAUCAAUUCCAAGUGAAAUACAUGGUGAUGACAUGAUCGUGACACCUUUUGCUCAGGUGCUUGCAAGUUUGCGAAGUGUCAGGAAUAAUUUUACAAUGCUGACCUAUUUACAAGCAGCGCCAAACAAGAGAUCACCAGCUGCAAACCAGCCCCCAUAUUCCAGAGCCAGCCUGACAGAAGAGUCAUAUCAAAAAUUAGCAAUGGAAACACUGGAAGAAUUAGACUGGUGCCUGGACCAACUUGAGACUAUUCAAACCUAUCGUUCCGUUAGUGAAAUGGCAUCCAAUAAGUUCAAGAGAAUGCUAAACCGAGAGCUGACACAUCUGUCGGAAAUGAGUCGGUCAGGGAACCAAGUGUCAGAGUACAUUUCGAAUACCUUCUUGGAUAAGCAAAAUGAUGUGGAGAUUCCUUCCCCCACCCAAAAAGACCGCGAAAAAAAGAAGAAGCAGCAGCUUAUGACACAGAUCAGUGGGGUGAAGAAGUUAAUGCACAGCUCGAGUCUGACAAAUACAAGUAUUUACCGAUUUGGGGUGCAAACAGAUAAGGAAGAGCUGCUUGCCAAGGAACUGGAAGACUUAAAUAAGUGGGGCCUUAACAUUUUCAAGGUUGCUGAAUACUCGAUGAGCAGACCUCUUACAUGCAUUAUGCAUGCUAUCUUUCAGGAGAGAGACUUAUUAAAGACAUUCAAAAUUCCAGUGGACACCUUCGUUGCAUACAUGAUGACCCUAGAAGAUCAUUAUCAUUCAGACGUAGCGUACCAUAACAGUCUGCAUGCUGCUGAUGUUGCGCAAUCAACGCAUAUUCUCCUUUCUACUCCAGCUCUGGAUGCGGUCUUUACAGACUUAGAGAUUCUUGCUGCAAUAUUUGCUGCUGCAAUUCAUGAUGUGGAUCAUCCUGGUGUUUCUAAUCAGUUCCUCAUCAACACAAAUUCAGAAUUAGCACUCAUGUACAAUGAUGAAUCAGUACUAGAAAACCAUCAUCUUGCUGUUGGAUUUAAACUACUGCAGGAAGAACAGUGUGAUAUCUUUCAAAACCUCACCAAAAAGCAACGACAGUCUCUCAGGAAAAUGGUGAUAGAUAUGGUACUGGCAACUGACAUGUCAAAGCACAUGAGCCUACUAGCUGACUUAAAGACAAUGGUAGAAACAAAGAAGGUCACAAGUUCAGGAGUUCUGCUGCUAGACAAUUAUACUGAUCGCAUACAGGUAUUGCGAAACAUGGUGCAUUGUGCAGAUCUCAGCAAUCCCACCAAGUCUCUCGAGUUAUACAGACAGUGGACUGAUAGAAUUAUGGACGAAUUUUUUCACCAAGGAGAUAAAGAAAGAGAGAGGGGAAUGGAAAUUAGUCCAAUGUGUGACAAGCAUACAGCUUCUGUAGAGAAAUCACAGGUUGGAUUCAUUGACUACAUUGUACAUCCACUUUGGGAAACAUGGGCUGACCUUGUCCAGCCUGAUGCUCAGGAUAUUUUGGACACAUUAGAAGACAAUAGAAACUGGUACCAGAGUAUGAUUCCUCAGAGUCCAUCCCCUCUCUUUGAUGAGCAGGAUAAAGAUACAGUGGGUCCCACUGAAAAGUUUCAGUUUGAACUGACACUAGAAGAGGAGUCUGAUGGAGCUGAGAAGGACGAACAAAGUCUGAAUGAGGACAGUAGCUACUAUAAUAGUGAAACAAAGAUGAUGUAUUUACUCGAACCAGAAAACCCAGAACUGCAUAUGGAAACACAAAUAGAAAUUUACACAGAAGACAUGUCUCCUGUGGAUACAUAAAUGAUUUUAAUGCCUAUAUUGUUCUUAUCUGCACAAGCUGAUUGGUGAGACUAAGAUGGCUUCCCGAUCUUAGACCUGUGGUUGACU